AUGACUAGCACGCAACUAUCAAUAUUAUAUUUGGUAUCUGUGAUGGCUUCACCACCAGAAUUAAGACUGAGGAAAGAUUUGAUGCAUGAUUACAAUCCUUUGGAACGACCGGUUGAACGAAGUGAAGAUCCUGUUAUUGUAACACUGGGAGUAAUCUUCCAACAAAUUAUAGACUUGAAUGAACGAGAGGAAAAACUUGAAGUGAAUGCUUGGUUAAAAUAUAAUUGGAAUGAUAUGAAGCUUCGGUGGGAUCCAUUGGAAUAUGAAAAUAUCACAGAUUUAAGGCAUCCUGCUGGUACUAUUUGGCAACCUGAUAUCUUACUGUACAACAGUGUCGAUUCUGCCUUUGAUAGUACAUUUAAAGUGAAUGCUAUCAGCUAUAAUGAUGGUUCAAUAACGUGGAUACCACCAGGAAUUUUCAAAAUUUCAUGCAAAAUUGACAUUUAUUGGUUUCCAUUCGACGAACAAAUUUGCUUCUUAAAGUUUGGCUCUUGGUCCUUUAGUGGUCGUGAAAUCGAUCUGCAACCUGGUGAUUUUGAUAUGUCCGAUUUCAUCGAAAAUGGCGAGUGGAUCAUUAUCAAAACUUGGGAGCAGAGGAAUGAAAAGUUUUAUGAGUGCUGUCCCGAACCAUAUCCAGACGUUCGAUUCUUUGUUCAUUUGAAACGAAGAACUUUGUGGGUUCAUAUUUUUUUAAUAGAAUUUAUAAAUAGAUUCUAUAUGAAUAUAUAUUAUGCAUUCAACUUGAUCAUGCCUUGCAUGAUGACUUUGAUAUUAAUUGUUCUUGGAUUCACUCUAAGUCCAGACACAUGUGAAAAAGUAGGGUUACAGAUUUCUGUAUCACUGGCUAUGUGUAUAUUUUUGACAGUAAUGAACGAAAUGACCCCACUAACAUCUGAAGCUGUUCCUUUGCUUGGUAUAUUUUUCCAAAGCUGCAUGGUAAUAUCAAUAGCAGCAACAUCAUUUACCGUUUAUGUACAGGCGGUUCACUUCCGAAGUCCUGACACACAAAUGAGAAUGAAUUUUUGGAUGAGAUUUAUAUUAUUAGAAUGGGCACCUUAUAUUUUACGCAUGAAUCAACCAAAGCGACAGAAUACUCUGAAAACAAUCAAAGAGGGCUGGAAAAGUCGUAAAAAUAGAAAUGAAGACGAUCGAACUGCAUUUACAUACAACGAUGGACACAUGCAAGUAUUGGAGAAACUCGGAGAAGCGUUGAAGAAUAAUUUUCAAAGUUUAAUGCUUCAGCUAAAAGUUACUCAAAGCAGUAAAAAUGAACACAACUUGUUGCAACGUUUGAAAAUACUUGACCGUAUCCUUAAUCAUGUCAAGGGCAUACGUGAAAAAACUGGUGAUGUGGUUGAAGAGAAGCGAAUCGCAAAUGAAUGGAGAUUUGCAGCAAUGGUUGUUGACCGCAUCGGUUUAAUUUUAUUUUCAAUGGUUAUUGCAGUCACUUCGAUGACCAUUGCUCUUCGUGCUCCUUAUCUCGUUGCUUAA